AUGUAUAGCCAUGUAUUGCCAUGUAUACCCAUGUAUAGCCAUGUAUACCCAUGUAUAGCCAUGUAUUGCCAUGUAUUACCAUGUAUAGCCAUGUAUUACCAUGUAUCACCAUGUAUUACCAUGUAUAGCCAUGUAUUGCCAUGUAUACCCAUGUAUAGCCAUGUAUACCCAUGUAUAGCCAUGUAUUGCCAUGUAUUACCAUGUAUCACCAUGUAUUACCAUGUAUAGCCAUGUAUAGCCAUGUAUAGCCAUGUAUUGCCAUGUAUAGCCAUGUAUUGCCAUGUAUACCCAUGUAUAGCCAUGUAUACCAAUGUAUAGCCAUGUAUUGCCAUGUAUUACCAUGUAUAGCCAUGUAUUACCAUGUAUCACCAUGUAUUACCAUGUAUAGCCAUGUAUAGCCAUGUAUACCUAUGUAUAGCCAUGUAUACCCAUGUAUAGCCAUGUAUUGCCAUGUAUUACCAUGUAUUGCCAUGUAUUACCAUGUAUCACCAUGUAUUACCAUGUAUAGCCAUGCAUAGCCAUGUAUUGCCAUGUAUUGCCAUGUAUAGCCAUGUAUUGCCAUGUAUUGCCAUGUAUAGCCAAGUAUUGCCAUGUAUACCCAUGUAUAGCCAUGUAUUGCCAUGUAUUACCAUGUAUCACCAUGUAUUACCAUGUAUUACCAUGUAUAGCCAUGUAUUGCCAUGUAUUACCAUGUAUUGCCAUGUAUUACCAUGUAUCACCAUGUAUUACCAUGUAUAGCCAUGUAUAGCCAUGUAUUGCCAUGUAUUGCCAUGUAUAGCCAUGUAUUGCCAUGUAUACCCAUGUAUAGCCAUGUAUUGCCAUGUAUUACCAUGUAUCACCAUGUAUUACCAUGUAUAGCCAUGUAUAGCCAUGUAUUGCCAUGUAUACCCAUGUAUAGCCAUGUAUUGCCAUGUAUAGCCAUGUAUUGCCAUGUAUAUCCAUGUAUAGCCAUUUAUACCCAUGUAUAGCCAUGUAUUGCCAUGUAUUACCAUGUAUUACUAUGUAUUACCAUGUAUUGCCAUAUAUUACCAUGUAUAGCCAUGUAAUGCCAUGUAUUGCCAUGUAUACCCAUGUAUAGCCAUGUAUUACCAGCUAUAGCCUUGUAUUGCCAUGUAUACCCAUGUAUAGCCAUGUAUACCCAUGUAUAGCCAUGUAUUGCCAUAUAUAGCCAUGUAUUGCCAUGCAUUACCAUGUAUAGCCAUGUAUAUCCAGGUAUUGCCAUGUACUGCCAUGUAUUACCGUGUAUUGCCAUGUAUUACCAUGUAUACCCAUGUAUUGUCAUGUAUACGCAUGUAUUGCCGUGUAUUACCAUGUAUAGCCAUGUAUACCCAUGUAUACCCAUGUAUAGCCAUGUAUUGCCAUGUAUAGCCAUGUAUAGCCAUGUAUACCUAUGUAAUGCCAUGUAUUGCCAUGUAUUACCAUGUAUAGCCAUGUAUUGCCAUGUAUUACCAUGUAUUGCCAUGUAUUACCAUGUAUUGCCAUGUAUUACCAUGUAUCGCCAUGUGUUACCAUGUAUAGCCAUGUAUACCCAUGUA